AUGUCCUUCCAGCCCAUCUGUGUUGUGUGCCUCGGUGACUGCAACAGGGACGGCGGCGUCACAUCGUGCAACCACUACCUCUGCUCUCGUUGCGUCUCCCGCCUACCAGCCGCUGCGCCCUGUCCGCUAUGCCAGCAGCCGUACCAGCUCGUUACACUUGACCACCCCAAUGUGCAGCAGUUGCUGCAAGACGGUGCGACGGUACUCGGGAGAACGGAAAAAGUGAUCGUCUCUCAAGUGCGGCACUACCAGCAAGUCAUCCACCGCAUGCGCCAGGCACUGGCGAUGCUGCAUGGCCAAAACCAGGACAUGGCACGGCAGAGUCAGCGGAAGCAGGCAGAGUGCGCCGCGGCAGUGUCGCAAGCGCAAGCGCUUCAGGAGGAGGUAUGCCGGCUACGCGAGGAGCUGGCACACGCCACCACUGCGGCCACCUGUGCAUACUCGCAAAGAAAGACGUCACAACAGCAGUCGCAGCCCCCGCCACCACAGCAGCAACAACGCGCGCACAUGCUGGCGGACCCGCGAGUUACCCAUGCCAGCGGCGGGUACUCGCACGGCGCACCGAAGACCGUCGAGGUUUGUCAGACGCCGGCGGGGCAAAUCAUUCCACCUCCAUUGGCGGGGCGCCAUGCCCCCUUCCUACCUGCCGGCGUGGUCGGUGCUAGGGCAUCAGACACUUCUCCACGUGGCAGCUGGCCGCGCCCGUCUGUGACAUCGUCACCUUCGCCGUCUUCUCACUCGCAUGGGCAGCAUCGAGGUCACCAUUCACACGGAAACGGUGGCGAGUCACGCGGCGCUGCCGCUAGUGAGACGUCAGCGUCGUCCGCCGUCGGAGCAGCGCCACCCCUCGGGUGGUCAGCAAGUUCGCUCAUCGCGAAACGCCACCGCUCUGACUCAAACCCGUCGCUGCCGCGGAGACGUGUGGACGAUAUCCGUGCGUCAUUGCCACAGCCAGCCGCUAGCGUGGGAGCCGGUGCCAAGGUCGCGCUCACACCCCGCACCCACGCCACGGUGUCUCCGCAACAGCGGCCGCCGCACCAGAGUUCCCAUGCCUUUGCGCAUCAGUCGGGGAGCGGUGGCGGCGACUCCCCUGGGCCUAGCAUCGACUUCUGGCUCACAACGCCGCUGGCCGCAGCAGCGCAGCAGCAGUCGCGCCGCCCUGACUCUUUCAUGCCAGCUGGCACCUCGUACAUGCCCAGGUCGUCAUCGAAGCCGCUCCAACGGCUCUUUUCGUCACCACGCGACGGCCCUAGAUCCUUCUAG